AGCGUCGCCCUGCCUUGGCCAGUACCUCCGCCGACUCUACUGCCGACACGCGCAUCUCGUUCCAUACACUUUCACACAGGGUGUAAAACAAUAAUGACUGACGUCGCCCCCGAGGCCCAUCGAGCACCCCUCGAUGUUAAGUGAAGGGAAACGAACUCCCUCUCAGAGUUAUGGCCCAUGGAAAAAUAUUAACUUACACACAUUUAUAGUGAUUUUAUUAUUUUAGUUUUGUGACACAAACGAUUUUAUAAAACUGUGACAUUUUUACACCUAUAGUUUUCGAUACGGAUAUUAAAUAAAACAAAAUGAUACAAGACAGUGAUGCCUCAGCCUUGGCUGAAAGAAUAGCCGCUUUCAAGAGUGAUCCAGAUAAACUGCGAGAGGCCACUGAGUUUGUUGACCAACUGAUUCAGCAAGCAAAAAAAGAGGCAGAACUUAAACAAAAAGAGAAAGACAGAAGUAAAUUUGAACAAGACCCAGCUGCGGGUAACAUGAAGCGGCGAUUGGGAAGAGCGAGGGGAUUCGUUCUUCGCAUGUUCGACGCGUUGUGCAACUGUACGCAGACAGCGGCCGCUGCCGCGCGGACCACCGCCCGCAACAACCCCUUCACUAAGCGCUAACCCGGUCACAAGUAGAUGAUACUGGUCGAGACUAUGGUGAAUCACUUGGACGCAUUUUCAUUGACCGAUAUAGAUCGCACUCAGGUUGCGGAAAAAUUUUAAAACAAAUUACACCUCAUUCCUCAAUUUUUUCAUUGGUAUGCGACUAAUCUUUUAAGCAUUUGGAAAAAAGAAUAUCUACCCAUGUGCCGACUGUAGACUUUAUUACCGAUGGACGCUUAAUUACACUAUUCGUCCCUGUCGGUUGGGAGUAGUACUGCUAGACGAUUAAUUAUGGGUACUAUUCGUUCCUGCCGGUCCGAGUCCCUGCACGUAGAUUUGAUCAAUAAAAAUGCGCCCUAAGUUUCUUGAAUCCAACAUUAUUGUGAAUAACCGGAAUGUACAGGGUUAGUUGGAAAGGGUAUACCAAUCCGAAACCCUGUAC